UGUUGCGUGGGGUGGGGGGUGCUCCCUGUUCCCUGAAAAGCCCCAAAGCCCUGGCCUCAGAGGUCAGACAUCUCGGGUUUCUCCCACGAGCUAACCCAGGGCUUGUAGGCGUCGACAUUCCGCAGACCCCAUGGGCUCAGCCUGCGCGGGCGCCCAGGCCUGCUCCGCUGGCUGGGGGGGAGGGGGUGGCACACCGGGGAUCUGGUCCACCCCUCCUCCCUGAAGGCCCCCCGCCGCCAGAAGCUGCCCUGGGGGCCCCGUGCACCCACCGCCCCCCCUGAGCCUGGUCUGGUCUCCCCAGCCCCUGAAGGCAGGUGCUGAGCCCGGGGCUGGGAUCUCAGAACCAUGCCCACACCCCACCCAGCAGGAACAAGCAGAGACCCCCACCCCCAGCUUGCUUUGAGCUCUUUUCUUUAAUAAGGAGAUGCUGCUUGUUACAAAAGAACAAACUGAUGAGAGACCAGACAGAGUCCGUGGAGGGGGGCGGGGGGCGCUGCCAAGCGGGGGGGGGGUGGGGGGUGGGCUGUACACGCGUCCUCCUGUGAGGCGGGCUGGGGGUCCCGGUGGGCCGCACGCUGCAGGGGCCUGGGCCUGCCCACCCUGGCCUGGGGGCUUCAGAAGCCGUAGCGCUGGUGCUGGGACAGGAGGAGUCGGGGCAAGACACCCGGCUGCUCUGAGGGGUCUGGGGUCCAUCCUGCCCGCACCCCCUCCCCUGGUUUGUGGAGCGCGGGGGCCAUGCCCUGCUGUGGCCUCGGCUGGGGUGGGCACCCACUCGGGGGCUGCUGGCAGGGCUGCCGUCCUCUGGGUCCAACACGACAGCUCGGGGCUCAGGGUCCGUCGUCCCCCUCCCACCUCUCUUCCUCCCGAGGGGGCAGCGGGGCGGGGCUGGGUGUGGACAGGGAUCCCGCACCCCCACCUCAGAGGAGCUGUGGCUGCCCACUCCUGGGGUGUCCCUGCCCAACGGCAGGAGCUGAGCGCACCUGUUUUCCAGCCCGGGGCCCCGCCCUCAUCCCCCCAGCGUCUCAGGGCUGUGUGUCCACCCAGGGGGCAUCGGGACCGACCACAGGCCCAGCCACUGACGGCUCCCACGCACCCGGGCCGUCUCCACAGGCCCCCACAUGGAGCAGGGCCGGGGGCACACCGCUGGGGCCCCACCAGGAGCCCGGGACACCCGUCUGUCCUCGGGACGCGGGGCGGGGGGACGGCAGGCGAGCCCUUCAUAAGUGUCCUGAGGGGAGCUGGUCAGAGGGGCCGGGGGCUCCGAGAGGGCGGCCCUGGAGACCCCCGUAUGGCUUUUCAGUGAUUCAGACAGUGGGGGGAGGAGCAGACCACACGCAGGGCGCCGGGGCAGCUCUGCCCACAGACAUGGAGCUGCGGUGUCAGGCCGGCCGAGGCCGACUCCCUGGGCGUGGGGAGCUGGGGGAGACGCGGACUUCACACACGGGGUCAGGGAGCAGCUCGGGGGUGUGAGGCGGAGCUGGGCUUUGGGGGCGGCCAUGCGGCUGUGGGCGCGGAGCUGGGCGUGCGUGGGCGGGGCGGCGUGUGCACGGCUGGCCGCCCUCUUGUGCAGCUGAAGGCGCCUGGGGGCAGAGGCUCGGCUGGCUUCAGAAGGCUCCUGUUCUGUCGUCUGCAGGUCACAGGGUCCCCUUCCCAGCACUGCAGCUCGAAAACGAGUACAACCCCGGUGACCUGUCUCUGCCCCCCAGCUGGCGGGGCAGGAGUGGCCGCAGGAUGAAGCUGCCCAACGCCGGAGCACGGACACAGGUCAGUGGGUGCGGGAGUGUCCUGGCCAUCGCUGAGGGUGGACGCACACAUUGUUACUGGUGGUUUGGCUGAAACUCACAUUUAACUUGGCAUCUGGCCUGCGGGGCUGAGGGCCACCACCGUCAGGCCCGGGACCCCUCCGUGUCUGCCGCAACUGGGUGGGGGGGUGGCGGGGGGGACAGCCUCUCUGGGGGGGCCAAGAACUGACCCAGACCCUGCAGGACCCGGGGGGGGGUCUCCUCCAACCCUGCUCCCCGCAGCCCCCCGCGGGGACCCCAGCCCUUUCUGUGGGGCCCAGAGCCCACCGCAGCAGGAGCGUGCGUGGUCUCCUGGGAGGAGGGGCUGAGGCUGUGCUGAGACCGGCCCUGCCCCCACUCCCAUGCCCCCAGCCACUGUCGGAGGCCCUUCCUAGAGCCAGGAGCCCCUGCUUGGGAGCAGGGAGGAAGCAGCUUGCUGCCCCCUCCGGUUUCGGGGGGCCUGGGUUUCACUUGUCACUCUCAGUCCCUCCACGAAAGGCACCCCUCUUGGCGACCUUCACUCCAGGGAGGGGGGACUCCGAACCCCGACACUCAGACACAGGCCUGGGGCAGGACCCUCGGGCAGAGACAGGAGCACGCGUGCAUCACCAGCAGACACGUCUGCUCAGACGGCUCCUCUGGGCCCGGCUGGCACCUGGCAGGACCCUGCUGCCCCCACCCCGCCCCUCAGCCAGCCUAGCGUCCAGGCUCAGGAUCCCCAGAGCAGCAGGCGCGUCAGGAUGGAGGCCAGUCCUGGGCACAGGGAGGGGGGGCCCUGAGGAAGCACCGAAUCCCACCGCUCUGUGGUCACCCUGAAGGCAGGGCUGCCCCCUUCCCACCCGUGAAGAGGGGCUCCCCGGGACGCAGGCCCUUGAGCACGGCUGAGCCCCCUCCCCACCGCGCGCAUGCGCAGCAGGGCCCCGGCGUCUUCCUCCGGUGGGAGCCUGCCUAGCACGGCCAUCUGCCCGGGUGGGGGACGCGGGAUGAUAGGGGAGCAGCUCUGGGCCCUGGGGGGCCGCGAGGGGAGGAAGGAGCCCGCCGGGGGUGGUGGGGGCUGCCGCUCCUGCCCAGGCUAUGGGUGGGGAAGGAGACUCCAUGCACACGGGACUCACGUAUAUAUGGCUUUUUAUCAACACUGGGGAAGGGGUGAGCAGGGAGCCAGCAUGGGGGCCCCAGGGGAUGACAGGAGGGCCACCCCUGAGAGAGCUUGGCCAGCCGGCCACCGCCCCCCUGCUCACCUGGGCCCAAGGACGGCCUCCUCGGGAAGCCCCCACAUCUGCACAGACCGCGCUGCUCCACUGACAUUAAAAGAGGAAAUGGGCACGGGCAGGAGACUCCGCUCAGCGCUCGUCCCAGACGGGGGCCAGCACCCGCGUCUCCCACCCAGAGGCCAGGCUCCAGCAGGCCCGGCGCGGUCUCUCUGGGAGGGGGCCCUUCUGUGUCUUCACGGUCUGACAUCUCCCGUCCACAGGGUGAGGUCGCAGGACGGACAGACCCCCUGUGAGUCCAGCCACCAGCUCAGGUCCGUGGUGUCCCCGAAACCAGCCCGAGGGGCGGUGACUUCUGCACAGUCCAGUCUCCACGCCUUGCCUCCGAAGCAGCCACUCACAGUGCCCCGCCCAUCCGGGAGCCGAGUGCCGGCCCUGUCUGGAGCCAAGCAGUGCUGCCGUCUCGGGGGGCCACACACUCGGAACGGGAGAGGCCGCACUGCCGGCCGGGAGCCCCGCCUCGGGACGGUCCUGUGGAGCCCAAGGGGAGACCCCUCCUUGCAGAGUGACAGAGGCCACGCUCAAGAGGCCCGCCGCCCACACCAGGGGCAGCUCGGGAAGCGCCCAGAUCCAGGCCCCAGGGUGGCGGCCGUCUGUUCACCUGCCCGCGGGGGUCAGCGGUGAGCCCCGGCCCCGUGUCCAGCCCCACCAGCCCUGCACCUGGAUCUGCUCGAAGGGGAUCUCAAAGCUGAAGGACUCGUUGAAGUUCUUUGCCUCCAGGAUGCAGACGGUGAGCUUCCCGGCCGUGGGCACGUAGCGCAGCGAGGUGCAGAUGUCGCCCAGCUUCUCCGGCUGCCAGGGGAGCAGGGUCCAGGUCAUCUCAGCAGCCGCCAGCACGGCUGACCCCUUGGGGCCUCGGCCACGGGCAGCCCAGCCCUGCCUGCGGCGGGCAGACCCUGGAGCUGUGGGCACCAUGCCGGUGGGGCCCCGGAGGCUCUGAAUGGACGUGGGGUCCUCCCGGGGCUGAGCGGAGGGGGUAGGGCCCUCCCCUGUUCUGAUCACAGCCGUCCCGCCUGCAGCGUGCGAGGUGGUUUUCAGAGCCCCUGGUACCUCUCAUCUGGUGUUAGUGCCACAGGGCAGGGGCCUCGUGACCAGAGAGGAGGACGGUCGUCUCCGCCACUGCCACGGCACGGAGCCUAAGCGUCUCAGAGGCGGCCCCAGGGGCCAAGGCCGGCCACCUCCCCUGCACCCAGGGGCUGGGUGACAGUCAGCUGGUGCUCGGAGGGCAGUGUCUAAAUGGAGGCUUUGUGCGCAGUGGGCGCUCACAGUCAGUGAGUGUGUGAGCAAGUGCUGCAGCCGCUCCCAGGAAGACAAGCCCCCUGCUGAGAACCCGCUCAGACAGCGUGGGCCUUCCCGGCGGGCACACGAGGCCCCAGGUCCCGCCACUCCUCGAUGGGCUGCCCCAGGUCCACCGUGUUCAUGGGCACCUUCACCUCACCGAUGAUGUCGUGCUUGGAGAAGCGGUCAAAGUCGUAGAUGGCCAUCACCAGGGUCUUGCCACCCAGCUCC